AAUGGCCGCCGAUCGAUUUUGAAAUUUGAGGCCAAUAAGGAAAGAAUAUAUUGUAGUUUUUCUAGCAAGAUGUGUGCUUUUUCUUGCCGAUUGUGAUGAAAUAUAAAAGAUUUGUUAGUGUAUAUUAGCUGUAGAAUGUCAAAAGGACAAGAAGAGACAAAUACGACGAAAAAUGGCCCCGUAAUUCAAGGCCAAGUUCACGCUAUCGACCAUUCUCCUUGUGUAUCGGACUCGUCGGAUGGCGAUGAAGAAUUAGACGAAGAAUCGGCGGUAAAUAUUAUUUUUUGACCAUUUAAAUAUUUUUCCUAAAAUUCUCGGCAUAUUUUUAUCAAUUUCUGUUAAUUUUAGCAAAUAUUUGGGCAGUAUUUUCGACUAGAAAAUAAAAUCUUUCAAUUAUUAUUUUAUCACACUGUUGUUUGUAUGAGCGAAAUUGUUGAUCGUAUUCAACUGGUCUGAUUAGGAUCGCGUUUCGAUGACCGGUCAUUGAUUUCAAAAUAUAAGAAGCGGCCUUAUAAUGGCUUCUCUUGUCAAAUAAUUUUGUACUAGUAGACUUUUUAAGUAAAAUCUGCUUGGGCAAACGAUUUAUAAAUGCAAAGAUAUGUAAAUUUCUAUAGUAUUUAUUAUAACGAUUAAAGUACAACAUACAAAUCGUAUAUUUUAAAAUAUUGUUCAAUCUUUUGUAUUUAUUUGGGUUUAUUUGCAACCAUGCAAUUUUACAGAUAAUUUUGAUGAAAUUAUAAUAAAAAUAUAUAAUAUGAGAUGUGUGAUACAAAAAUCCACAGUCUAUGAUUUGAUGUUAUUUUGAAGUUUGCAAUCAUAAAUCAAAUUUGCCCACCAAAUUUCAUUGCCCACCAGUUCAUCAAGUUUUUUUUCUGACAACUUUAACAAACACACUGAACAAUUCAAAUAUAUAUAUAUUUUAUAUAUAUAUAUAUAUAUAUAUAUAUAUAUAUAUAUAUAUAUAUAUAUAUAUAUAUAUAUAUAUAUAUAUAUAUAUAUAUAUAUAUAUAUGAUCAGAUUCAGAUUGGAUUUGCACACCUCUAAUAUAUACUCUGCGAGUGUUAUAUAAUGUUGUGUUAUUCUUCACUCAAUAAUAUGAUAAGGAGAAAAUGUUCUUGAGUGAGAAUUUCAUGAUUUCCAGACCGAGCGAAUUUCCUAAUUUUCAAUCUGUCCUGACCUUGUAGCUCACUUGGUAGAGCAUCGAUCUAGUAAUUUGAAGGUUGUUAACCCUUUAAGUGGCAACGUACCCAGAUGUGCCCUACUUUAUUAUUUUACUUUGUCUAAUGCCAGACAAUUUUAAUUGUGCUGCCACUCAAUGGGUUAAUAACCUAAAAUGACUUACUUACAGCUUGAGUACAUAUUACGAGGCAAGCAAGAUUUCCUGACGUCAAAGAUCAAGUUACCCAGUGGCUCCUCGGGCAAUGCUAAUGAUGUCCGUACAAAGAUUGAUCCAGAUACACAGGCAAGACUCGAAGCUUUACUGGAAGCUGCUGGUAAGCUUUUUACCAUCUUCUCUGAUGCCAGAUUAUUUUGCUCUGUCUAAAGGCAGAUGGCUUUACUCGUGAAGGAGAGAGUGCCACCACUCAAUGGGUUAAUCAGACCAUGCAUCCUGUUAACCCUUUAAGUGGCAAAGCAAAGCGCCUUAAUGCCCAUCAAUUCAUUAUAAUAGUACUCUGUGUAACACCAGACGAUUUUACUCGUCAAGGGGAGAGUGCUACCAUUCAAUUGGUUAAAGGAUAAACCUGUUUACUAUUGCUUUAGGAGUGGCAAAGUUAGCUGAUGGUAAAGCUUUUGCUGACCCAGACGUUCUGAGAAGAUUGACAUCAUCAGUGAGCAGUGCAUUAGACGAAGCAGCCGCUGCGUUGACAAGAAUGAGAACUCAGAACAAUGGAGUCCCAUCUUCACCUAAUCACACGGCAGAUGCUGGUAAGAUCCAUGAUCUGGUAGCUAGGUUCGUCAGAAAGCAACCCUUCUAUCCACAUUUGAUAUGUAUGAAGGGGAGAAGGGUCAAAGGUUUUUAACAUUGUCUCUCCAGUAGGGGUGCACCGGAUUUCAAAUCCGGCCGGAAUUCCGGCCGGAUUUAACAAAUUUUCCGGCAUCCGGUAUCCGGCCGGAUUUGGAGAAAACCCGGCCGGAUUUAAAUUUCUGUUUUCACCUUAAAAAAUUCGCCAAGAAUGGGAUAAACCAUCAAUUUGGCAGCUUUUAAGUUUAAAAAACACUUAUAUUAUUAUAAAAUAUUAAGUUAUUAACAAAAAAAUACUUAAAAAAGGUUUAAACACAAUCAAAAUUCUAAACUGACACUAACUAAAAAUAGUAAAAAACAUAAACCGCCAUUUUGAAUACUGAUUUAUCCACAAUUUUCCCCAUUACUGGUUUAUUUUAAAUCCGGCAAAUCCGGCUGGAAUUCCGGCCGGAAUUUUUGUCCAAAUCCGGUAAAUCCGGUUCCGGCCGGAUUUGAAAAUUCCAAAUCCGGGCACCCCUACUCUCCAGGGAAAUUAGAAGUAACCCCCCUUCUCCGUCUGGUCAUCCUAGUACAUUUUGCUAUUGUCAGAACUAGAUUUUGAGGCCUACCCCUUGAAAGCCUACCCCAUGAGCCCCUCCUAAAAGGAGCGGGGAGCACCAUCACUAAAGGGAGCACCAUUACUAAAGGGAGCACCAUUACUAAAAGGAGCACCAUUACCCACAACUGUAUAGCUCAGAAAAGUGUUUUAAAUACAAUAUUACAAUAAUACAAUAAAGUGUUUUAGGCCCGGUUUAGACGGCGAACUUUUCAUGCGCCGAAUCUAAUGCAAAGAUUAAGUGCGACGUUGGAGCGGCGUCUAAAUCAAUUAAGUUCGGCAGGUUUUGAUUAAGUUCGACACGACUCGAAGAUGCGACAGGACAAGUCGUAUAUGCGACACAGGUUCGACAUUGAUUUAGACGCCAUGCUUUUCAUGCGCCGAACCUAAUGCAUAAUUAUUUUUUAACAUCAUAAUAUGAUUAUCAUAUAUUUGCAUUGUAAAUAUUUCCAAUAUAAUGUGUUCGCAAUUUAGUACGGUGCAAUUAAGUUCGACGUCUAAAUCAGUUUCCGAUAUUUUGCCGUAUCUACGACAAUUAGAUUCGGCGCAUGAGAAUUUCGCCGUCUAAACCGGGCCUUAAAUAUUCAAGAUUAUUUGGGCAUCUCGCUUAAUAGGACUGAAUGAUGAAGAGUUUUGGUAGCUGUAAAUUUUAAGCAGAAAUAUUGUAGACCUUAUAGAUAUGUAGAAUUUGCAGGCCAAAAUAGCUUUGAUUCUUGCCCGAGAGCCUAUGGUUCUAUUUGUCGUAACUGCUCCUGGUCAUUUUCAAAAUAUUUAUAUAAAUUUGUCUCGAAAUUUUUAUCUUCCUUCAACAUGUAUAAUUCUGUGUCCAGGUAUUCACAGCUUAGCCAACGCAUGUCUAGAGGGUAAUGUCAAUGCUGUAAGAAAACUUUUGGAACAAGGCUGGAGUGUCCAUGAUUCUACCGAUGAAGGCGAAAGUCUUUUGUCAUUGGCUUGUUCUGCAGGUGAGACUUUCUGGAAAGUUACUUCAGCUUUUUGGUCAGUGUUGGCUGUUGUAUUGACGUUUAAUACUGUUGAUUAUUUGUCUUGUUGGAUGGAAUAUGGAUGGAAAAAACACUGUUUUUAACCUAUUAAGCUGCAAUGUGCUCAAAUGCACCCUUACUUUAAUAUUUUACUCUGAACUGUUACACAGUGCAGGAAAUUUUCUUCUUGGGAGCACAACCUGGACACAAAAAUUUCCUGCAGGAGUGUUUUUGUACUAAAUCUGCAUGUGCAUAAACAUACAGUGUUCUAUCUGACCAUGGUUUUAAAUUCAAGGAAUAAUUUCUGUCAACCAUAUGUUGUUGCAACCAUAGUGGGACAUGGGUGUUAAGGUUUCCUUCAAAUUUUCGCCUAUUUUUCCCGUCCCUGCUGUUAUAUUGUGUAGAUUGUUGCUGUAUUGUGCACACUUUCUAUAUUUAAGGUUAUUGUGAGCUUGCUCAAGUAUUGUUGGCUAUGAAUGCCAAGGUGGAUGAUCGAGGCAGCAAGGGAGAUUGUACUCCUCUCAUGGAGGCAUCAAGUGGUGGAUUUCUUGACAUCGUACAUCUACUUCUUGACCAUGGGGCUGACGUGAAUGCCCAAUCACAAGCUGGUAUGUAUAUAAUACAUGUAGAGAAAGCUUCGGAUUGAUAGGGAUACAACUACGUGGAAAAUACAAGGAGAGCGUCAACGUUUUGAGUGAAAGCCCUUCCUCUGUUCGUCGGCAAGUUACAGUAGGGUAUUUUUGUCAUGACUGGUUUUCUCAUGAAAUUUUCAUGGCCGGCUCUUGGACAAAACUAAUUUAUAUUACAGUACAUGUACAUUAGUUCUUUAUAGUAUACUGUAUUUUGUUUGUGGAAACACCACGUAAAUUUAUUACUGCAAAACUUUCGAUCCGUAAGCACUGAUUAUUAGCACUAUCAAGAUCAGGGCUUACGGAUCGAAAGCUUUGUAGUAAUAAAUUUACGUGGUGUUUCCACAAACGAAAAGUAUUAUACAUGUACAUUGUGCACUGAAGCUAGCUAUUGCAUACAGUAUGUGUCUUUCACUUUUCAUCAAUAUAAUUGUGGCAGUUGAUACUGCCGUUAAAGCCCAUUUCCGCUCAGGAGAAUUUUCCGCAGAAAGAAAAUUUUGCAAAAUGUGAUUGGUCGACACAAAUUUUCCGUUGGAAAAAAAUUUUGAAGUUGAAAAUUUUCAACUUUUAACAAUGAUAUUUUCGGAAAAUUUUCUGUCCGUGGAAAUUUUUCUUGAGUGGAAAUGGGCCUUAACUGUACUGGACAAAAGAAUGCAUUUCUCCGGGCAUUUGUCCAUUUUGUGUCAGACGGUGCCUGUGUCCAGUCACUUAUUUUUAGGCUUGGGAAGUUUUAAAUACACAGAUAGCGAGCGUGCUAUACUUUGCCCAGCAAAAUAAGUACAGUACAGUAGCUUACUAUUGGUGUACGUACCUCCGGUAUGUAUGAGCAGCCUUGGCGUGAUGCUGCCUCUAAAUUUUCCAGGCAACACCGCCUUGAUAUAUGCAUGUUGCGGAGGUUAUGAGGAUGUUGUAAAAGUGUUGCUAGACCAUGACGCUGAGAUCGAGUCCCAUAAUGAGAACGGACAUACGCCGCUCAUGGAAGCCGCAAGUGGAGGUCAUGUCAAUGUCGCAAAGUUGUUGCUGGAGAGAGGAGCGUGUAUUAAUUCUCAUUCCAAUGAGUUUAAAGAGAGUGCCCUAACAUUGGCUUGUUAUAAAGGUAGGUUGGGAUAUGUGCAGACAUUGGUUUUCAUUGGUUAACCGUAGUAUGGAUGGUGGAAAUGCCACGAAGACGCAUGACGAUGACAAACAGUAGGGGCAACACCCUCCCACUCAUAUUUUUGUUCAUUGUUUAUUAUAUCUGACCAAGUAACUAGUAGUUGUAGCAAGUAAACAUGUAUAAAAUUUUACACAAGGGAGUUUGGAGUGCAAAAUUAGCAAAAUGUUGGUAAUACGUUUGCGACCUAAAUUCUAGACUUGGUGCAAGUUUGUCUCAGGAGAAAAGUAGGGGAGACGGACUUGGAACAUUUGCAGCAUUUCGAAUGUUACUUGGAAAAAUUGGCGCGAAAAUUUGUUGUUGUCAACUCACAAGCCACGCCUCCGUAGGAAAAAUCCGACGAUAAAUUUUGGCGCGCUUGCAAAUGUCCCAACUCCGUCUCUCCCUACUUUUCUCUCAUAUUUUCGCGCCUUUUUUCACCGUGCGCGCAUUGCUAUUUUUAACCCUUUGAGAAACGGACUUGAACCAUGUCUACCUAUAUUCACACCCUGACACUUGUAUGUGUGUUUGCCACGCGACGGUGAACGCUGUUGCUAAGCUAUAACAAGUCGUUGAAUCUUUCCAUAGGUCAUGUUGAUAUGGUGAAGUUUCUUCUUGAUGCUGGUGCUGAUCAGGAACACAAGACUGAUGAAAUGCAUACAGCUUUAAUGGAAGCUUCUAUGGUACAGUAUGAUAUAUCCUGUAGUCAUAUUAUAGAGUUGUCACAAAUAUUAACUUGUCGUUGUUUAAUAAUAUACCCUUCCGGAUAGUAUCAUCUACAUAUAAACCUUUCAACUGAAAUAUUUUUUGUACAGCUAGUAAAUUAAGAUUAUGAAUGAGUUACCUACUUUUCACAUGUGUAUGAUAUCCUACUCAACUACAUACAGUAACUUUACAUUCUAUGUGAUUUUAUAAUUUAGGACGGACAUGUUGAAGUUGCUCGUCUCCUGCUGGAUCACGGAGCUGAGGU